AUGGGCUCAUCUGUGGCGGACGAGGCUGUCAAGCCCACCCGCAUUCCCCAUUGGCGCCUCAUCACCGACCAAGGCGUUCUCACCCGAGAGAUAUGCGACUAUCCAUACCCUGGUUCCGGAACCGAGGAUGACCCAUAUAUCGUCUCCUGGAUCCCAGAUGAUCCUAGAAACCCUAUGAAUGCGCCCGCGAAGAAGAAAUGGUUCUACACAAUGUCCAUGGCAUUUGCAACGCUGGCGGUAUCAUGCGUCUCCUCCGCCUACACAGGCGGCAUCGAGCAGAUCAUAGAGGAUUUUGGGGUCGGCACGACGGUGGCCACGCUGGGAGUGUCACUGUUUGUAGCAGGCUUCGCUAUCGGGCCACUCUUUUGGGCGCCGAUGAGUGAGCUUUGGGGUCGACAGUACCUGUUUGCAGCUAGCUAUUGCGGUUUAACAGUGUUCAAUGCUGCCACCGCCGGGUCCAAGAAUAUCGAGUCCCUGGUUAUAUUCCGCUUCUUUGCCGGUGCCUUUGGGUCAUCGCCGCUCACUAAUGCCGGCGGCGUGAUAGCGGACCUAUUCCCUGCCACUCAUCGUGGUUUGGCCAUGAGCAUCUUUGCCUCGGCCCCGUUUCUGGGACCCGUCUUGGGUCCGAUUAUUGGUGGCUUCCUAGGAAUGAACUCUGGAUGGGAGUGGGUCAUGGGAUUUCUGGCCAUUUUCUCCGGCGUUCUAUGGAUCUUUUGCUGUUUGUGUGUUCCAGAAACAUACGCCCCCGUUCUCCUCCAACGGCGCGCAGAAAGGCUUUCCAAGGUGAAAGGCAAGGUAUACAAAAGCAAGAUUGAAGCAGAACAAGGCAAAAAGACUGCUACUCAGGCUUUCAAGACCGCGCUAUCCCGUCCCUGGCUUCUCCUCUUCCGAGAACCAAUAGUCAUUCUGCUUUCCAUAUAUAUGGCAAUUAUCUACGGAACCUUGUUCAUGAUGUUUGCAGCUUUCCCAAUUGUUUACAAGCAACAGCGGGGCUGGAACCAAGGUGUCUCAGGUCUAGCAUUCCUCGGAAUCAUGGUAGGUAUGAUAGUCGCCAUGAUCUAUAAUAUCUAUGACAACAAACGUUACAUCAAGAUUGCCGCGGCUAAUCACGGGUUUGCGCCGCCCGAGUCACGUCUCACCCCAUGCAUGAUGGCAGCCGUUGCCAUACCGAUCGGUCUGUUUUGGUUUGCCUGGUCCAAUGGUCCGUCGGUUCAUUGGAUGGCUAGUAUUGCUGCCGGGGCUCCGUUUGGGUUUGGCAUGGUCCUGGUCUUUCUGAGCCUGAUGAACUAUCUAAUUGAUGCCUAUACUAUUUUUGCCGCCUCAGUGCUGGCGGCCAGUGCGGUCUUGCGCUCCCUUUUCGCCGCAGCGUUUCCUCUUUUCACCAGCUAUAUGUAUAGGAACCUGGGGGUCCACUGGGCAUCAUCAAUCCCUGCGUUCCUGGCCGUCCUGUGCGCGCCAUUCCCGUUUCUAUUUUACAAAUAUGGCCCGGCCAUUAGGACGCGAUGCAAAUAUGCCGCCGAAUCCGAUACUUUCAUGAAGAAGCUAAUGGAGGUGGCAACGAAACCUCCCCCAACCGGGCCAGAGAAAGAAACUUCACCUACUGCCGUCGUGGACGAAGUGCCUUCGGGUCAUACUUCGAUGACCCCAGGAUCAGCCCAGGAUUUGGGAGGGAAUGAUCAUGCCUCAUCAGGUUCGCGUUCGAGUCUUGACCGCAUACGCUCAAAAGUAUCGAUGAAGCCACAGCAUACCGAUGCUCCAGACCCCGAGAUUUUGUACGAUGCCAACCCAUAUGAUAUUGAUCGGGUGAAUACCCGCGAAUCUUUCAAGAAUUAG